UGUUUUGGGUACAAUAACAGCCUAAGACAUCUUCUCCAGAAGAUAAAUCCAUCUACUGUAGAGCUUCAGGACACUUGAGAAAGGUUCACUGCGCUAACGGCCACACAUUUCGAUCUAAAAGGUUCAGUAAACAUGCUAAUUGUGCUGUCUGCUCAGACCCCACAGGGGGAUUUGGACGCAAGGCAUACAAAUGUAUGAACUGUAAAAUUUUAGUUCAUAAGAAGUGCCAUACACUCGCCAGAGUUCCAUGCAAGCACCAUACUUUGCAUGAUGAAUGCACAAUGCCAAUAAACCAGGUUUCCAUGGCUUUAGAUCCCAAACAGGAAGUAGUCUCACCAAAUCCUAAAAGUCAUGUGGAUAUGCAAGAAAUAGAUGACGAGAAUGAGACAAAUACUGGUGAGGAAAAUGGCAGGCCUUUGUGCUCUUCUGCUCUUAAAGACUUUGACUUUCUCCGUGUCCUCGGGAGAGGAAGCUACGGUAAAGUUUUACUAGCUCGGCAUAAAACAACAGAUCACCUCUAUGCCAUGAAAGUGGUGAGAAAGGACGAUGAAAACCUUAUUUGUCUCCAGGUAGAGAAGCAAAUAUUGGAGAAGAGCUUGAACCACCCUUACCUGGUUGGCCUGCAUUCCUGCAUCGAGACACCAACCAGAUUUUUCUUUAUCCUGGAUUACAUCAGUGGAGGAGACCUAACAUACCAUCUGCAACAGUUCGGAAUCUUUCCCAAAGCACAUGUGAGAUUCUACUCCGGGGAGACCUCCUUAGCUAUCGAGUUUCUUCAUGAACAUGAGAUAUUACACAGGGAUCUGAAGUUGGAGAACUUGUUACUAGAUGCAGACGGACACAUUAAAAUUACCGAUUACAACCUAUGUAAGGCAGGACUGAAGGCAGGCGAGAAGACCAACACUUUCUGUGGCACACUCAGUUAUCUAGCUCCAGAAAUCAUCAGAGGCAAAAGCUAUGGUUUCAGUGUGGACUGGGGGAAUCUUGGAACAGUCAUGUUCGAAAUGAUGGUGGGAGAGCCUCCGUAUCCUUUUGCAGACAGUCCCAAGAACUCUGAUCUAAACACAUACAAGGUCUCGCAAUCUAUGUUAGAAAGAGAAGUCCACAUUCCACAUCACCUGUCUGUCGAAGCCAGAAGCAUCCUCAAGGGUCUUCUGAAGAAGGAGCCAGAGGUAAGAUUGGGCUGUCACCCUCAGAGAGGAUUCAUCGAUAUUAAAGAGCAUCCUUUCUUUAACAAUCUGGACUGGAACAUGAUGGAAAAAAAUGCAAGUGACUCCUCCCUUUAA